GUCUUAUUUCUUUCGCUGGAUUCGCUAUUCUCUGUUCUGUAAUAUGCGGUGCAUUUAAUUUUACAGAUUUUCCCCCAUAAUCAAGAGAUGCUACAUUCACCUUCCUACCCCUAUCCUUUUACACGUAAAACACGUAAACAUAGGAAAUAUCUGAGGGUAAUUAAGUAAUGUUCUACGGACCUACGACUUUAAAUUCUUACCCACCACCACUCUCCUUUUCAUUUGCACACAUAACCCUAAUUUGGUCUCUUACUCUAACCCGAGAGAUAAUGGCUCCUACACAAAAUCUCUUCCUUGUCGCUAUUGCCUUCGCCGUCAUUUUCACCGCCUCCACCGUACAUGGUCGUCAUAAUGGUGCAGAAGAUAUCGUGCAUUCCUCCUGCGAACACGCGAGCUAUCCAUCACUAUGCGUCCGUACUCUUUCGUCAUACUCCGGUCCAACCAUCACCAACCGCCGCGAUCUAGCUCAAGCCGCCAUAAAAAUCAGCCUCUCCCACGCUCAAAGCGCCGCGAAGAAACUCGCGGUGGUGCGAGACUCGGUGGGGAAGAAGAAGCAAGAGAAAGCGGCGCUUGUGGACUGUGUGGAGAUGAUUGGAGACUCUGUGGACGAGCUAAGCCGUACGCUCGGCGUUUUGAAGCACCUCCGUGUCUCUGGCGGUUCAGCUAAAGAGUUCCGGUGGCAGAUGAGCAAUGCACAGACGUGGGCUAGCGCGGCACUUACGGAUGACGACACGUGUCUCGAUGGGUUUCAAGGGAUGGACGACGGUGAAAUCAAAACGGAGGUGAAGCAGUGGAUGACGAAAGUGGCCAGGGUUACGAGCAACGCGCUUUACAUGGUCAACCAGCUAGAUGAGACACGUGGCAAACCCCACGACGUACAUCUUUGAUGUUAAUGCACUAGAUCGUUUUAAUGGACGGUCUUUAUUGUGUGUGUUGGUUUUUCGUUCAUGUGUUUUAAGUGUGAGAUUAUCUAUCGCUACGAUAUAUAGAAAUGAGUUUUUGAUUAUGGAUAAUGUCGUUUUUCGUAGUUCUGAUUAUGGUCUAAUAAAUAACAUGUUAUUUUAUCCUCUAUGUCAGUAUACGGUGUUAUGGAUCCGUUGAGAUUCGAUUGAAAGACUUGUUACUCUCGUACGUACGUC